AUGACUCCAGAGUUUUCUGGCCAGUCUCAGAAUUAUAAGCUAUGCGAUAGGCUAACAGGGGUCAAGGAUGAAGUGGAAUGUGAAGAAGGGGCAUGUACUGCUCCAAAACUGGUUCGUGUGACCUACUUUCCACAGAGAAGAGGACCAUGGGUUAAUCUUUGUCUGAUCCUCACCGCUCUUCUUGUUCUGGGCACUGGGACGAUUGCAGCCAUUUUCCUCUACAGGCAUCUGUCAAACAAGGUGGUCGUGCAUGGAAGAUGUGGGGUGACUUACUAUGAUGAGAUCUACCAUCGGCAGCAGUCUCUGAGGCUGUCUGAUGCACCGUUGGAGAUCGCUGCACCCCCUUCUACACAGCCAGUAACUCAGGUAGACUUCAUGGAGGAGGACAUCGAAGUGUCUGCAGUGGAUCUGUAUGAGCGACUGACAAUCCCCAAGUUUGACGAAGUGCAGGAAACUGUUGUCUGGCAUGAUUUUGACAGGAAUCUCACAGCCAUUGUAGACCCAACACACCGUAGCUGCUACAUCCUGCCGCUGAAUCGAACACGGAUUUCUCCUCCUCGUGAUUUGAUUGAUCUCAUCUACAAGCUCAAAACUGGUUACUAUAUGCCUAAGGCCAGUGUUGUUCGUGAGCAAUACCGCAUGGUACAGCCCCCUAUGAGUGACCUGACUGUCCUGGGAUCAUACAUAAUGAGAGAAUGUUUCUGGUAUGAUACCUAUCGUCUGGAGAAGUACGUUUCAGGAGUUUACAAACGCAGCGUGGACAACCCACCAGUCUUGUUGGCACACAACUAUGGGUACUUCAGCUACAAAGUCAGCAGUAAUGAAAUUGUGAAGCUGACUGUGUAUGGCGCAGAAAAGAGACCUGAGGCUACUGAAGCAGCAGUCACUCCUGCUCCGUAAAGGUGAAAAGAGAAUUCCACAGAUUGUUGAGAACACUAGAGAGGAAAGAUAUGGGUGUUGGGGAGUGCCAAUCACCCAUCUUUGGCUUUGUCAGAUUUGUACUUUUUGUUUUUAAAGAAAGUGAAAUUUUGAAGGUGGAAUGGAUCAGGUUCCACGUAUCAUUUUAUUAUUUUGUAAAUUGGUGUAUCAGACCAGAAACUCCACUUGUGUUUGGUUUUUUUUUUUCUCUUUUCCUGAAUAGAUGUUUACAUUUUGUGUCAUCAAUUAUUUUGCUUCCUCAUCAAUCCUCAAUUGCUUCAGAACUAUUAAGAUGCUGCAACAGUACUCCUUGGCAUUGUUAUGCUUGACUUUGUGGAGAUGAGAAGUGAUGCAUUUUUCAGGAAUAGCAAGUGAAGGAGUUGUAAGAGGAAAACAGGAAUAUGUGUAUGGGGAAAAGCAGACAGCUACAGCUGCUGAGAAAUAUUUACCAAAUCAGCUAGUCCAUGGUCGAUACUCUGGGGUUUGCUCUUUUAAAUUUGAGUGAUGGUAAUCACCAGAAGAUUUUUGCUUUAUAUGCAAUACUAGACAAAGAUAUUAAAUGGAACAAGAAAAAUUUGUACAAAUGAAGACGAUUUGCAGGAUAUUUUAUUUGCAGAAGCCAAAAGUUUGUCUAGGUUGCCGAUAAUAGUUUCUUCCCAUAGCACCUGGCUUGUAAUUUUACCCUCUCAACAACCUAUUUCACAUGCUUGUGUAAUUCAUGCGCACUGUAAAGGUUGGACAGCUCACUACAUGUCAUGUUUGUGAAAAGGCUUCAAUAGUAGUGGACUCCGCAACAAUUGUAUGCAGACUUUUUUAGUCUUCACUUUUCUGCACCAUAUUAUUUGAUGGCACAGAAAUUCUAUGGACUUUCUUGUAAGGGGAGGUAUGAUAGGUGAGAUGAUAUUUACCUUGAUGGAAGGAAGCAAAAGAUGUUUUGACAUAGGCCAGGUUAUGACCAAGAGCAUAUGUCCCCUUCAUUGCCCCAGCAUUUUCUUUUUUUUCUUUUGUACAUUCCUCCACUCAAAGACUAAUGUAGAAUUGCAAGUGCAACUUUCAAAAGCAUUUGGUUGAUCUUGCAGCUUGAACACAUUUGGCACAACCCUAGAGGUACAAGUGUUUGUUGCUGGUGUCUGGAACUGGGAAAGAGCCCUGUUUGAGACUUUUUUUUUUAAUUGCUUUUUUUUUUUUUUGAUUGCUCUUGGCUUAUAGAAGAAAUGCAACAGCAUUUGUCAAGAUACUGUGAUGUGGUUUUUUUUUUUAAUUAACAGAAGACAGAUCAUGAAAAUAUGAAUUAAUUGUAUUUAAUGGAUUUUUUUUUUUUUAAACCCGAAUAUUUGGCAGUAAUGUUAAGAGUUUUCAAUACUGUAAGGAAGAAUGGCAUUUGAUUACUGUAAAAUGGCUAUUAAAGUAAGCAGGUUAACAGCCAUUUGAUGAACAGUGUAAUUCCUUUAGUUCAGUAAUAAACCUGGUAAUAAACAUGAGCAGUGUAACGACUUGCAGCAUCUGAAGAUUUUAAUUCUCAUACCAUGCAGCUGGAAAUAUGACCCAAGAGAUUGUCAGGUCGCCUGCACUUAAGCAUACCUAGCUUGCUGGUCAAAUUCUUGGGGGCAGUAGUGACAUAAGAUAUCAAAUUGAGACAGGUCAUUAAUCUCUAUGACGCAGCUGUAUGGGUUUGACAUGUCCUGUUUCAGUAAAAGACGUUAAAUUCAAAUCCUCUACAUUAAAUUCAUUGGUGCAUACAGUAUUGAUUACUUAGCUCAGAGGAGUAUGUUUUCUUAGGUUAAGCUUUGAAAUCUGGCACCUGAGUCUCAUCAGAUAGUAAUGGAUUGCUUGUUUUAUUGUGUAAGCAGCAUAUUUUGCUUGGAAUAUAUACAGAUGGCUUUGGUUUCUGAUUACUUUAUUUCAAAUGCCCAUAAAGCACUUAUGAAAAUAUUUGUAGCUUUGAAAUUACCUGCAGCAUUGGCACAACUGUGCAUUUUGCGUUAGAAUCCACUUUUCUCCCUACUUUAAUAGCAAACAUAGUGAACCAAAAGUUGCAGGAAGACUUGAAGAAAAUAAUCACUUCUCAGUAUUUUCUACAUUACCAAAGUCUUUCAGAUUUGUUAAAGCAAUUUUUUUUCAGCAGAUUUGAAUAUGGGAUCAGAAGGUUGCCAAGGUUUGGGUUCGGUAGUCUAAAUUUAACACUAAGCAAGACACAAGGCCAUAUGUAUUAUACCAGCAGCAGAGUAAUCCAUGUUGGUUGUGGGGUGAGGGGAUGUCACAGGGCAGAGUGUACGUCGCUAAGUAAUGUGCUCAGUGCAUGGAUUUUGUUGUUUUCAUUUUUGUCAUCGGAAUCGUCUGCAUUUCAAUGUAGGCUGAUGUAAAUAGUCUGUAAAUACAUGUUAAAAUAUAAAAAAAAUAAUUCAUACUGGGCCUGCAAACUUUCUGUAGCAAGAAUUUGUUAAAGACUUAUAUCUAUCAUGAGCUUUGUGUUAAAAUAGCUUAUCACUCAACGUACAAAAAUAACCCUGAACACUUUCCACACAGCUGUGCACUAAUGCAUUCUCAUCUUGUCAAUCUAACGAGCUGCUGCUUAGGCUUGUGAUAUGCUUGGUAGUAUUGCUUACUGAACUAUGUUAGUUUGUGGUAUACAUCAUAUCUUAAAGAAUAUAGUGAGAAUACACUUUCAAAAGAGUAUGUGGAAGUCCGUUCUGCUUGGAGGACUUAAAAACUGUUGGCUUUAUUUUUCCCUAAAAUGCCCUCUGCUUGCUUUUCAUAAUUUUUUAUCUUUAAAAAAAGUCACACAAGCCGGCAGUUCAUAAAAAGGGAAAAGUGCGGGGCAAUACAGGUGUGCAUGAUUGAGAGUGGACUUGAGUGUGUGUGUCUGCGUAGAGCUUUGUUUAGCAGUUAUUUACAUAUACAGAUAAACAUUUGUUUUGAGCGACCACUUUAUUGUUUUGGAGAGAAUAUGUGAAGAUUGGCAAGAGUGGUGCCAUUUAAAAAUUUAUUUCCUUCUGUACAUCGCAAUUUUUCGGAACGGCACCAUCUGUUAAGUAUUAACUUUUUUAAUAAAAAACUUUUUUAUUAAAAUAAUUUUUUUUUUUGUAAACUAGCAGAAGGGAAAGAGGGUAGCAAUAGGUGCAGAUUUUCAUGCAUUAUCUGCAUCAUUGAUAACCUUUUGUGUUACGUCAGCAACAUAUAUUUGAGAAUUGCUAUCUAUAGAUGUAUGUUACUGGCUGUUCACAUUUCGAGGGGAAAAAAAAUUGUUUUUCAGUAUUUGGGCUCCUUCAAAAAAUGUUUCUUGCUUACUGAAGGGUGGAGGAGUCUGGUUUUUUUAAAAUAUAGAAUGUAGGUGAAAACAAAAACUGGCCAGUAAAAACAAAAUGAGGUGUGCGUGGGGUUUUGUUUUAAUUUUUUUUUUUUCCAACGGUCGGAUGCCGUCAACCGCUCUCCAAUUAGAUUUUCUCCACAGGAAAUGGCAAGGAUCCCUCCACCAUCCCUCGAAAUAGAAGUUAUUUCAAGAAUUGGACUGUUUGCGAGAAUGUGUUAAGGCCUCCAGAAGCAGCAGUCGAAAGAGGAGUCUUGUUUCUUGCCGUCGUCUAACUGAAAGGGGAAACGGAGCUGGAGUGCGGAAGUAUGAAAGGGGAAUGCGAUUUAAAGCCAAGUUCACGCUCAGUGUUUCAGUGGUAGCUCUUGUGGUGCGUAUGUGUUUUUUUGCUCCUUUUCGCUUUCACACAAUAAAAAUAUAAAGGUAAA